AUGUCUGCAAUGGAAGGAUAUGUUUCAGUUAAAUAUGAGAAUUCAGGACCUCGACCUAAUGAAAUAAAAAUAUUUCAUCUUGAUGAAGAAGGAAAAUCUUAUGAACUGCUAGAAUUAGUAGAACCUAACAAGCCGAAAACAUUUAUAGUUUAUAAACAAACAGGCCAAUAUUUCAAAAUUGGUAAUAGUCAAACAACUCUGGAGGAAAUUAAGAAUAAUCGGGGUCCAUUUCGGAGAAUG